AUGUCUUCAAGAGUAAAGAAAGUCAUUUCAAAAAAAGCUGAGAAAAUUAUUGGCGCGACUGAUGCUAGUGGAGAAUUGAUGUAUUUAAUGAAAUGGGAAGAAAUUGACGAUCUUGAUUUAAUCUCAGCUAAUAAUGCUAAAUUAGAGUGCCCACAAAUCGUUAUCAACUUCUAUCAAGAAAGACUUAUAUGGAACACAGAAGCUGGUUCAUCUAAAGUAAAUAGAAAGACUAAAAAAAAUAUUGAGUUAGAAAAGACUAAGCGGACAUCUAUAGUUCACAAUAUAGCAGAGAAAAUUAUGGGUGUAACUGAUACUAGUGGAGAAUUAACAUAUUUAAUGAAGUGGGAAGGAAUUGAUGAUCUUGAGUUCAUCUCCGUUGAAGAGGCUAAUUUAAUGUUCCCACAAAUCCUUAUCAAAUUCUAUGAAGAAAGACUAACAUGGUUCAAAUAA